UCAAAAUUCCCUCAGUCCUUGAAGAAUCUACCUUGUCCGAUGUAGAUUCUUGACUCUUGAAAAGGUGAUGAUGCUGGAACUUUUGUUUGACUGGUGAUUACAUACUUUUUGCUUGGGGUUGUAAUGUAAACAUGAUACGAGUCAUACACACAUGCUUUUGAUGGGAAAUAAUUCAAUUAUUUUUGUGCUGUGGCUAUAACACAAGUAACACAUUUUAGAGCUGUAAUUGCAAUACCGUUAUACCGUGAAACUGUGAUAUUUUGGCUUAUCCUUAUUAGGUUAUAAUACCGUCAGAAUAUCAUAUCGGCACAUGCCUAAUCGGCACAAAAAUGAAAGCUGGUUUUAAGUUGCCAGUUUUAGAAUGAAUAAAGUAGAGUCAUGAAUCGACCUUGUCCAAUGUAGGUUCUACCUUGUCCAAUGUAGAUUCUUGACUCUUGACGAUGUGUUGAUGCUGGAACUUUUGUUUGGUGCUGUUCCAGUGAGAUUUACAAAGAUGACUGCCUUAAGAAAACAUCAAAAUUCCCUCAGUCCUUGAAGAAUUUACCUUGUCCAAUGUAGAUUCUUGACUCUUGAAAAGGUGAUGAUGCUGGAACUUUUGUUUGACUGGUGAUUCCAUACUUUUUGCUUGGGGUUGUAAUGUAAACAUGAUACGAGUCAUACACACAUGCUUUUGAUGGAAAAUAAUUCAAUUAUUUUUGUGCUGUGGCUAUAACACAAGUAACACAUUUUAGAGUUGUAAUUGCAAUACCGUGAAACUGUGAUAUUUUGGCUUAUCCUUAUUAGGUUAUCAUACCGUCAGAAUAUCAUAUCGGCACAUGCCUAGUCGGCACAAAAAUGAAAUCAGGUUUUAAGUUGCCAGUUUUAGAAGGAAUAAAGUAGAGUCAUGAAUCGACCUUGUCCAAUGUAGGUUCUACCUUGUCCAAUGUAGAUUCUUGACUCUUGACGAUGUGAUGAUGCGGGAACUUAUGUUUGGUGCUGUUCCAGUGAGGCUUUUUAUGGAAAAUAAUUCAAUUAUUUUUGUGCUGUGGCUAUAACACAAGUAACACAUUUUAGAGUUGUAAUUACAAUACCGUGAUACCGUGAAACUGUGAUAUUUUGGCUUAAUGUUAUACCGUCAGAAUAUCAUACCGGCACAUGCCUAGUCAGCACAAAAAUGAAAUCGGGUUUUAGUUUGCGAGUUUUAGAAUGAAGUAACGGAAAUUAACGCACGCUCCUUGAUCAAAGAACAUCCUUCUGAUUCAUUAUCAUGAUUGUCUGUGUUAUUACUCAGUUACUUGAGAUGACUAGAACACACUGGGCCUAUCCUCCUGGGAUGGAUCAUAUGUCUGCUCGCUCGGCUCCUUCCCCUAGACGAAAAACACACCCUUUAGUUUCAGCAUAAUCAAUGGGGAGUGCUGCUGGAGGAGGUGGCUCUCGCAGUCGGCCUGCCUGUGAUUCGCUGACAUGGGCUCUAAUUGGAUUAAGGAACUUGCUUAGCUGGAUGCUUUGUGCCGGGAUUGGGAGAAGGCAGCACAACGGACGCAGUAGCGAGACAGGAAGAGAAGGAGAGAGGGAGGAGGCCUGAGGAGCGCUGAAAGAAAAAGGGGAGUAACCCAUCUUCUCUGCCCUUGUGCUGCUGCUGCUGCUGCUGCUGCAACCAACCAACCUUCCUCCCACCCACCCACCCUCUCUCUAUCAUUCUGUUUCUCUCUUCUUUCACUUACUCAUCUGUUUCUGUGGUUGCUCUGGAGAGGAAGGACACCUGCCGCUCCCUCAUGAUUCAGCCAUUCUGCUGCUUGGAUCUUCACAGACGCACAAGGCAGUAUGUCCCGCCUGCCACUGCAGUGCCGGGCCGUCCUGUCUUAUGCACUUCAACUAGCGCAACUGCAGACGUCCCAUCACGACAACGCCAUCUCUUCCGACCAAGCGCUCAGUGUAUCUGAAUAUUCCACUUGUAGGCACAUUUCUUUGAGAGUAUGAAACUCCUAUCAUUCGUGCAUGGAAGGCCGUCGAUGUGCAUCCCCGACUGUUAGCCAGGUCAGAAUCAAGAACAUUUCCUCACUUUCCUCGGCUCAACUCGUCAUGGAAAAUAUACUCAAAGUGACUGCUGGCUGAUGCUGUCUGAGUUAAUAGUGUUGAGAUAUCCAGCAGUUAAGCCAAGAUGACCGAGGGAAUCGAGGAUUUUUCCCCUCAUGGAUCGGCCUCCCCUUCCGGCUCCGAUGUUGAUACCGGACAAGUCCCAGAGGAGAAACCAGAGGAGAAACCAGAGGAGACGGGAGAGAACGGGGAGGAGGUUGCAGAGGUGACUGCAGAGGGAGGAGAUGACGCCGAAGCCGGUGCCGAGCAUCCGGGAGCUUUAGGAGUUAUGGCUUUGUCGGGCACCUGCUGUGUGUGCAUAAAGAUGGAACAAAUUAACAAUUGCUUGCACUCUGAGAAAAUCUGCAUUCUGCCCAUCCUGGCCUGUCUGCUUAGUUUAGCUCUGUGCACAGCUGGACUCAAAUGGGUCUUUGCAGAUAAGAUCUUUGAGUAUGAACCCCCUACACAUUUAGGUCCUAAACGCAUAGGGCAGGACCCUAUUAUUUUUUCAGUGGACCCAACACUGGGACCGACUAUGACGAGUCCUCGUUCAUCUCCGUCCACCGUCACCUCGCCGCAUCCUGAGGUUUUAAUGGAGGACAAGUCUACACGAGGUUCAUACGUGCCUCCCCGAGGGACCCCGUCUCAACCGUCCGUCGCUGUUAAAUCCACUGCUGAACUUCCCCCCGUCCCUUUGACGACACAGGAAAUGAAUGACAUCGUCAUCUCAACUGUCUCUUCCACCAGCACCAGCACUACAGCCAAGACUUCCAGUCACGUCACACGCUGUAGUGAUAGCCAGAAGAACUACUGUGUCAAUGGGGGAGAGUGCUUUACCCUUGAAAUGAUGCCUGGCAGUACAAAGUUUUUGUGCAGGUGUCCAAAUGAAUUUACUGGUGAUCGCUGCCAAACCUAUGUAACGGCCAGCUUUUACAAAGCUGAGGAGCUGUAUCAGAAACGUAUUUUAACAAUAACAGGAAUCUGCAUUGCACUCCUAGUCGUGGGAAUCAUGUGUGUGGUUGCCUACUGCAAAACAAAGAAGCAGAGGAAGAAGCUCCAUGACCGUCUCAGGCAGAACCUGAGGUCUAAAAGAAACAAACUGGCCAAAUCAGCCAGCCGACGACAGGUUUCCAAUUUGCCUCUUCAGGAUUUGCAGCAGACCAUUCCAUGUAAUGGGACAGCAAUCCAACAUGCAGACGAGAAAGAGACAGAAACAACAUUCUCUACAAGCAAUUAUGCCUUAUCAACCCAACAGCCUACCACGCUCACCAACAUCUCCAGCCAAAGGCAUCUAUUAGCUGAGAAAGCCCUGCCUCACCUGUCGACGGUUUUGUGCAGCCCUCCUGCAACUCCGGGCUCUCCUCCCUCAGAGACGUCAGCCACUCUUUCCAGCCAGGCCAUCUCUGUCCCCUCUGUAGCUUUAAGCCCCUCCGCCGAGGAGAAGCGCCCCCUACUGUUGUCGAAGGCGCAACGGCCACCCAAGUCCUUAAGCCGGGAUGAACUCAAGAGGACCUCCGCGCAUUACAACCAUGGCCAAGAAGCACAUAGCUUACCACCAAGCCCGCUCCGUGCCAUGGAGAAUGAUAACUACCAAGUUCCGGUCACUACUGCAGCUAGCCAUAUGAUGUCGGCAUCCACUGAGAAGCUAGUAAAUGCGAACAACAUCAUCAAUAACUACAGCAUCAGAGAAGCAGCUGUUAUAAACGGUUACGUGCCGCGUAAUAAAGAGUACAGCAUUGACGGCGUGACGGCCAGUGAACCAGAAGAUCCGAAGGUGGAUCACACACCAUUUAUUUCUAUAGAGAACGCUAAAGCACUGCUGUUAAGAGCGAAGGAUAGCAGUAGGACUGCCGCGGCAUCGCUAAACGGUGACCUCCAAGUCAUGUCACCCGGUGCCACCAUCUAACAAGACCCAAGAACUGUUUAAAGAAUGCCGAAGAGGGAGUUUCAACAAAAAACAGUUACUAUUUAACCUUUAUUUUCUAAUAAAUUAUUUGCAGCAAAAAGACUUUUAAAGAUAAAAAGCAAGACUUUUAUUUUAAUGACGUAGUGAAUAGAGUUUUAUAAAUUAAAAAAAAAAAUGUACAAACUUGUUGAUGUCUUGUAGAUGAAGUGCCAUACACAGGUAUGUAGCAGUGUGUAAAAUAGCAAUGUAUAUGGUAGUGUGUAAAAUGAUCAAUGGUGCCUUUCUGUUGGGAAUUUUAAGGGAACUGCAAUCGCAAACAGGGCCGUAUAUUCGCCAUCUUCAAUUCAUCAGUAAGAAUAUCACGCAAGCCGCCUUCAGUGACUCACCAGUUUAAAGUGAAGAAGCGCUAAUAUUUCGGUAAGAAAGUUCAAAACGCAUGCUAACACCCAUCCUGGAACUACAAGGUGGUUUCAUGUCAUGAAAAUAUCGGAUCUGCCCGCUCCAUUAUUGGUCUCAUCGAAAUGUAAUACUGAACUGCAACAUUUAUUUGGAUGAUUCCAUGUGCAUCAUAACAUGGUAUUGGACGAAAUAAUAUGUAAUAAAUGUUUAUAACUGCCAAUGGAGUACUGUACACUAACACAUGCAAGCAAAAUACAGAUGUAAUCAGUUAACUGUUAAGAAAACACCUUUGGUCUCAUCAUUGUCACAUUUUCUUAAAACAAUGUCAAUGAAGGAAUAAAACAAUACUUGAAUAUAAAAUUCUAAAGGACGACAUAAAGAAUAUCCAGUUUUACUGAUUACAUCUUUGAAGGUAAAUAUCUAGUUUGUUUAAAGCUUAAAUAAAUGUAAGGCUCUUGAUUUCCUUUGUAAAGACAAUGUCUUCAGCAAUGCUUUUUGAGAAUUAAAAAAAAUUGCACCAUAUGUAAAUGUCUCAGUCUUAUUAGAAUCAGUGCCGUAUUUUCCACCUAAAAGCUUUCAAUUUUCUCAAAAGCCGACAGUGCGCCUUAUAAUCCAAUUCAGUUUACAGUGGGGCAAAUAAGUAUUUAGUCAACCACUAAUUGUGCAAGUUCUCCCACUUGAAAAUAUUAGAGAGACCUGUAAUUGUCAACAUGGGUAAACCUCAACCAUGAGAAACAGAAUGUGGAAAAAAAAAACCAGAAAAUCACAUUGUUUGAUUUUUAAAGAAUU